AUGGCACCUCUCCGCUUGCACAUUGAAGGCCAUAAGUUUCGUGAUCCAUACCACCGCGAAAUUACUUUGAGAGGUAUUAACGUUGCGGGCGACGCGAAAUGCCCGAAGAACCCGAACGUUCCAUCCCAUGUCGCGGAACGCUUUCUCGAUGGUGACAAUGUCUCCUUUGUUGGUAAACCCUUUAGCCUAGAGGAAGCUCCGUUACAUUUUGGCAGGCUGCGCAAAUGGGGUUACAAUACGAUUCGAUAUAUUUUCACUUGGGAGGCCAUCGAGCACUCGGGACCAGGAAAGUACGAUGACGAAUGGAUCGCUUAUACCAUCGAAGUCUUGCGCAUCGCGAAGCAAUACAAUUUCUAUGUCUUUAUGGACCCUCAUCAGGAUGUCUGGUCGCGUUUCUCUGGAGGCUCUGGGGCUCCGUUAUGGACGCUAUAUGCUGUAGGUUUCAAUCCUGAGAACUUCAACAAGACUCAAGCAGCUCUGGUUCAAAAUACAUGGCCCAACCCAUCUGAGUUCCCAAAAAUGAUCUGGAGUACGAAUUAUACGCGGCUCGCAUGUCAGACUAUAUUCACCUUGUUUUGGGCAGGCCGAGACUUUGCGCCCAAGGCAAUCAUCGAUGGACGAAAUAUUCAAGACUACUUGCAAGAACACUUCAUUGGGUCUUGCAAAUAUCUUGCUCAAAAAAUUCAUGAGGCCGGAGACUUAGAAGAUGAAGUCAUCAUUGGAUGGGAAUCUCUCAAUGAACCACACCGAGGACUGGUCGGGUAUCAGAACAUCAACGUGGUUCCUACUUCUCAACAACUUCAAAUGGGUACCUCGCCCACUGCAUUUCAAGCGAUGCUAAAUGGGUCGGGUCGCGCCUGUGAGAUGAGUACCUGGGCCUUUGGAAGUUUUGGCCCUUACGAGACUGGAAAAGAACUGGUUGACCCUGAAGGCGAAUCUGCGUGGUUACCAGCUGACCACGAUGAUACCAAGUACGGUUGGAAGAGGGACCCCAACUGGAAGCUUGGUACAUGCAUAUGGGCACAGCACGGCGUCUGGGAUCCUUCUACGGACGAAUUACUGCAGGGGGAUUACUUCUCGAAAAACCCCACGACAGGAGAACCUCUGAACUACGAUGUCUUCAUCAACACCUAUUUUAUGGAUCACUACAGAGCCUAUCGAGAUGCCAUUCGAAGUGUGCAUUCAAAUAGCAUACUCUUGAUCCAGCCUCCGGUCAUGGAAGUGCCUCCUAAGCUCAAAGGAACCGAGGAUGACGAUCCAAACAUGGUACAUGCCGCGCAUUAUUACGAUGGACUGACACUACUCACAAAACAUUGGAAUAGUAUGUACAAUGUUGACGUGAUAGGUAUACUUCGUGGCAAGUACUGGACACCAGCCUUUGGCGUCAAAGUUGGAGAAACCGCCAUUCGAAACUGUCUACGCAAUCAACUCAAAUUUCUACGAGACGAAAGUUUCGAAUGUAUGGGAGAUCAUCCUAUGGUUUUCAGUGAAAUUGGAAUUCCAUACGAUAUGGACGACAAGAGUGCAUAUAAGAAGGGUGACUACAGCAGUCAAAUAAGCGCAAUGGACGCCAAUCACUUUGCGUUAGAGGGCAGUGGAUCAAACGGGUACACAUUAUGGGUUUAUGUAACACAGAAUGAUCAUGAAUGGGGAGAUCAAUGGAAUGGAGAAGAUCUUUCUAUUUUAUCUAGAGAUGAUCUCGAACUACCUUCUUCCCUGAGUGAUUCGACCUUGGCACUCCACCGAAAUUCGCCGUCAUUCUCUCAAAGUAGCAGCUCGAUUGAUAAUGGCAAAAUCGCCCGUAAUAAUAUCAAAACUGUCAUAGAGACCCCAAGCAUUUCCAGACAGUCGUCUAAAGUAUCUGAGCCAGAAGGAAAGCCGGGAUAUAGGGCAGGAGAGGCAUACGUUCGCCCUAGUGCUAUUUACACAAGCGGUGACCUUCUCAACCAUGGGUUUGAUCUCAAGGGCUGCAAAUUUACGCUAUCAUUAUAUGCCGACAAGCCAACUACCCAGGAAGCUCCUACUGAGAUCUACUUGCCGGAGUUUCACUUCCCUGCUGCGGAAAUUAGCGUUACCGUGAGCGGAGGGAAGUGGACCAUUGAGACUCGAGAAGAGUCUUCUUAUUCGUUCCAAGUUCUCAAAUGGUGGCAUGGCGAAGGAGAUCAGGAUAUCACAGUUCAAGGCAUCAAGCGCAAAGCAAGUGGUCUCAUCGUCAGUCCUGAGGAUGAGUCUUACCUAGAUCAGUGCCAGAAGAUCUGCUCUGUAAUGUGA